AUGGAUUCAUUUAAAACAUUUGUAAAUAUUUUUGAACGAGCUGUAAUAGAAAGAAAUAGUACAAAUUUGAUAGAAAUUUUGAAGAGUAGUCGAAAAUAUUUUCAAAACAUAGCAAAAGAUGAUAGUGAAUUGAUGCUGUCUACAUUAUUUGAUAAAAAUAAAGGCUUGCUCUCUUUUCUUAAUAAAGAACUUAAAAGAUGCAAUUCUCAAAAGGGUUUUGAUGUAGCAAUUAAAGAAACAUUUUAUCUUCUAGAAUUUAUCAUAGAACAAUUCUCUGAUAUAUUUAUACCUUAUAUAAUUGAAACAAAGAAUACAUGUCAAUUGGCACUCGUAACACAUUGUUCAGCAUUUAUUCAGAAGGCUGCCUCUAGUACAUUUAAUAAAUUGAUAGAAAUUUUUAAAGAAUAUGAUAUUGAAUUAGGUGAAACUGUAAAAAAAUUUGUGUCAUUGUUUCAUUUAAUCGAUAUAAAAGAGAGAAGUUUUCUAUUUUCUGUACUUAGCACAAUUACAAGAUAUUGUCCAGAAAUUUCAGAAAUACAAGAAUAUUCUAAUAUAAUUUUUCAACAAUUAAGAAAUGAUAUUAAAAAACAGUAUAAUUCAAAAACUAUGUUUCAUUCAAUGGAUACAUUUCAAGUAUAUUUGGAUGCACUUUCAAAUAUAUUAACAGAACUCCCAAAGGAAAUGGAAAUAGAAAAAUAUUAUGAGGAAUUGUAUAAUUGGAUUAAAGAAUUAAGUAAUCCUAAAAAAUAUUCAAUUAAGAAAGUUUCAAUGAAAUCGGCAAUUAAUUUGUUAUCUAAACAUAUGUAUCUCUUUCGUGAAUUUGUUUAUUGUGAUUACAAAUAUUGGUAUGACUUAUUGAUAACUUUUGCUCAAGAUAAAAAUGUACAAUGUAGUGAAUGUGGACAACAUGCUUUAAAAAGUUUUUAUCAAGUAAUGGGAAAUACUUUAAAACAUAAAUCUUCUGAUGAUGAUAAAGCAAUAUUCUUGUAUUUUAAAGAUCUUUUUGAGGCACAAUUAAAAAACAACCAUCAUAUAAAUUCAAAUAUGUUACGUUUUAUUAUAUAUGGAUUUAGUCAAAUGGCUGCUCCAUGUAAAAGAUAUCUUAACAAUAAAGAUGUGAAAGAUAUGUUUUCACUCAUAGCUAAUUAUGCUAUGUUACUUUGCUCAAGAGAUGAAUUAGAAAAAACACAUUUAGAAAGUAUUUGUGAUUAUCAAGAAGCUUUUUCAGAAAUAAUAUUACAUACAUCAGAACUUUCAAUUAAUCAGAUUAACAUAAUUACAAAGCUUAGUAUUCUUUUAGUUAAAAGAUUUCCUGAUUUUCCUAUAUCUAGUCAAAAUCUUGCCAGAUCUUCAUUAAUGAAUACCAUAAUUAAUGUUGAAAUAAUGAGCAAAAACUUUUUAGAUGAAUUUCUUUAUAAUUUAAUUUAUAAUGGAAUAAUAUGGACUUGUUCACAUACGUUGUUGGUUGAUGCUGAAUUACAACGAGGAUUGAAUAAUCUCCCGGAACGACCAUUAUGCUAUAAAAAUUAUUUGCCUUUAUGGUUAUAUCUGUUAAAUCCAGAUAAUUAUCGAAAACAUAGACAUAUUACACAAAAUAUAAUUGAUUCAAUUAUAGAUGUGGGCAUUAUAUUAAUUGAUAAAUUAAAUCUGAAUACAAAAAUGAAAGAAGAUAAUGUAUUUUCAGAUACAGCUUUUUCUCAAAUUGCUGAGAAUGAAGCAGAUUUUCGAACAUUCGUUAAUAUUGUAGAUUUAUAUGUUGAUAUAAUUAAUGAUUUAAACUCCUCUUUAUUUAUAAAUACAAUACACAAAUUUUUAGUGAAAAUUAUCACUAUAUCUUAUAAACACCAUUUAGUAUCAGGUUUUUAUAAAUUAGUACAUGCAAUAUUUAAACAUAUUUGCAUUUUAAGUAAUAAUGAAGAAAAUGAAAUUGAAGUAGAAACAUUAGAAAUGUUAUACAAAUAUUUAAUAAACGUAUUAGAUUUGAUUCCCACGUUUUCUAAUGAAUUAUUAACUACAUGCUUAUAUUUAAUUUUAAAUGUACCAUUAAGAUAUGUAGAACGCAUAUUGAACAAUACAAUUCCAGCUUUUAAAAUUGCUUUUACUUUUGGGAUAAGUGAUUUUGACUUAGCUUAUACAGCUUUAAAUGCAUUAGAAAAGUGGACAAAUCAUUUGGAUAAUCAACAUAUAACUCUAUUUUUGCAAGAAGUAGUACCAUUUUUAGAGCCAUAUUUGCAUAGUGGAGAAAGUUCUGUAGAAUUUUUACAAGACAUCAUCAAAACAGAGCGAAAAGUUAUUAAACGAAUAAUAUUAAGAGAUGAUGAUAAUACUUUGGAAAGAUUUCAAAUGAGAAUUUUGUUGUUUAUAGCUUCACUUGAUACCAAUAUAAUAAUGCAGUUUAUAUAUAAAAAAUCUAUGGAAACAGGAGCUACUUGGAAUAAAAAAGAUUUACUUAAAUAUUCAUUGACAUUGUCAGAUACACAAGUUGAUAUCUAUUUCGAUAAAAUUUUACCAAGAAUAAUUUUACUGGCUCAAAAUUCUGGGGAUAGACGGACAAAAAUAAUUGCUUGUGAAGUACUUCAUUCAAUUGUAGUUUAUGUUCUUGGUAAAACAUCGCAACAUUUAACAUCUAAUCCGGAUAAAUUUGUACCUAUUUAUAUAAUAUUAUGUCCAGCUUUACUAAAUUUAAGUUGUGAUUAUGAAGAAGCAACAAGAAAGAUUUUUCAACCAUUAAUGUUACAAUUAACGCAUUGGUUAAGCUCAAAAUUUAUGCUCGAGUCUCCAGCUACUGUAUAUUUUCUUGAUUCACUUUAUAAAGGUCUUUGCAAUGACAACAAUUUAUCUCUUAGAGAAUUUUCUGGCAUGUGUCUAGCUGAAUUUACCAAAUGGUCUAUAAAACAAUCAAAUAAUGAAAUAAAUCAAUCAAAUAUUUAUGAAGUCAUACAUAAAAUGACAAAUUUUGCUCUUCAUCCUUCUACUUCUAAACGAAUAGCAAGUUCAACAGCUUUCAAUCAUCUUUAUAUCAUUCUACGCGAAGAUGAGAAGAUUGUGUCCAUAUAUUGGCUGGAAAUUUUAUACAGCUUUGUCAAAAGUUUAAAUGGUUGCAAUAAUCCAUCAAUUAUUGUUUCUCUUAACCACAUCGAGAAAGUUCUAAUAGCGAAAAAAAAUCUAUUUAAUGCAGAAUACCACAAUCGUAGAAAACCUUAUGAAUUUGAAGGUUCAACUUUAAUUCAUGCUGUAAAUUGGUUACUUACACAGUGUGGAUGUUUAGAUCAGCAUUGUCGAAUAAAAUGUAUGGAUUUAGUUAUAAAACUUUCUGAACAUGUUGCAAAUUAUGAUUCAGUUAAAACAGUGAUAAAUAAUUACAUCGAUACUCACGGAAUUGAAACAUUUAAUCAUAUAAUUUUAAAUGAAUUACCAAAGAUAGAAAAUUUAUCUAUUAAUGGUAUAUUACCUUUUCUCAGAAGUUUAGAUUGUUAUAUUUGGCUAAUAAAAAACAAUCUAUUAAAUAUGGAAUGUUUAUUUGGUAAUUCAAAUCCACAAAAAGAAGUAAUCUUCAAUUGUGCAAGAAAUUUCGUACAUGUGAUAAAUAGAAUUAAAAUAGAGGAUAAGGAAAAUGAUUUAAUAAUGUUAUCAAAAGAAAUUGAAAAUUUACAGACAUUACAAUGUAAAACAAUAUUGACAUUAUUUGAUUUCAUACAAAUUUUAUUGAAUUUUGAUGGAAAUUUUAUUCCAGAUUUCUUUUUUAAUAAAGAUUUUUUUGAAUUAAUUGCAAAAUGUAUAAUGUGUCCUCAAGUAAUAGGAUUUGACACAAAGAAUCUUGAAAUUACUGCAUUGCUUCCUGUAAUUAUGGAAAAUUUAUUACAAUCAAUAAUGCUCAAAGAUCCCUUAUCAUAUCUGAUUAAGUGUGAAUUAUCAAUAUAUGUGCAGAAACAUGUAAAUGAUUAUAUUGAAUUAGAUAAUAUCACUUCUGAUAUAAACAAUUUCAGUAAACUUAAACAAUAUGUUCGGGGUUUAAUCUUUUUGAAACGUCAUGAUGUCCUCAAUGAAUUAGAUAAUAUUAAAGAAUUGAUUUAUCAAUCAGAGGAGAAAGUUGUAUAUAUAUUCAAGUUUUUAGCAAGAGAAUGGAUAGGAGAACUUGUUUCUGCAGAUCUAAAGCCAUUAGUAAAAAAUUAUUUGGAAAUCUUAAUGGAAUUUUUACUUAUACAUUAUGAGUCUUCAAUAACAAUUAAAAUAAUUGAAUUAAUAGAGAAUGAUACAAUGCUUGGACCAGAUUCUAAGAAAAUCGAAUAUGGUAUACAUUUUCUAAAUACAUUUAAAUGUGAAAUAUUUAGAUACAUAUUAAAGGAUAUAGAAAAAACUAUAGAAAUAUUUAAUGAUGUAGUGGAAAGAAAUCCGUUUCUUUUUUUAACUAUAAUAGAGCAAUUAUUUUUAUUCGUACAACGACAUAAAAAAGAAUUGCAUAAUCAUAUAGAAAUACUAGUAGAUACUGUUAUUAAAAAAUUUGCAAUAUUUGAAAAAGCUGCAAAUAAUUUCGAAGAUAGAAAACAAAAAUUAAUAAAUAUUUUCGGAAUUGCAGUUCAUUUAAAGAAUAAGCCAAUAGAAGUAUUAUCUAUAAAUGAAGAUUUUUAUAUAUGGAUUCUUAAUCAAUUAAUGGAUAAUUCAGAUAUAGAAUAUAAAAUACAUAUUCUUCAGAAUUUUCUCAUAUGUUUAAUUGAUAUGACGUCUGAAAAACCAGAAUUAAUUGUUAUUUUACGUAGUUUAAAAAAUUAUAAACACGAUGUAUGUCCAAAUGAUUUUUUACAAAAAAAUAUGAAAGCUUUAAAAAUUAUCAAUUGUUUCCAAAUAUUAAUAACAUUGUUACCAGUUACUAAAUCGGUGAUAGUAUUAGAAACUAUUAUUUCAUUUGCAGCUGGUAUCGCCGAAUAUUUGUGUAAUGAAAAAAGUAACGAAUAUUUACGAAAUUAUUUUGUUUCAAUUACUACUCAUUAUGUUUUAAAAUCUAUACAAUCAAUAUACAAAUUAUUUAUGAACUUAAACACAUUAACAAAUGAAAGAUUUGAUAUAUUAAAUAAAUUUCUUUUACCAUCAUUUGAAUUGUGUGAAAUUACUGAAAUACAUCAAUUCUUUGAAACAAAUAUCAAAGAAAUAUAUACAAUUAUUUGUAAAGACUUUGAUAACUCAACUGUAAAACAACUUAUAGUAUCCAAAAUAGGAUGUUAUGAUCUUGUUGCAAUUAUGUUUACAAAAUUACACAUAAAAGAUAUAGAUAAUAUUGAAAGUAUAAUUACUCGAAAUGCUAUUGACAAUAUAAUUACUGGAAAAGAACUUUUACAAAGUUUAUACAGUAAUGCAUUAAAUACACGUAUGUUAAAGAUACCUGAGAUAUCUGAUUCUGAACUUAAAGAAACAACAAGAUUGUUGCAUUGUUCAGCAUAUAAUUGUUCCAUAUCUAUUGUAUCUAAUCUAAAAAAAGAUGAAGAUUCUUAUGUAAGCAUUUUUGUUGAAAAUAGAAAAAAGAAACAGCUAAUUUGGGAGAAUAUUAUAGAUUGUCAGAAGCAAUAUAAUUUUCAACAAACAGUUACAGAAUAUCCAAAAUAUCGUAAAAGAUUGAUUAAUAUAAGAAAGAGCAUGAAAGAAAAACAAGUUUUAAAUCGUUAUUCAUAUAUUUACAGUUAUGAUCUAUCUACUUGUACUUUAACUGAAGAUAUAAAUGCUUAUGAUUUUAAUGAAACUAUUAUACAUAAUAAAUCUGAUAAAACUAAUAAAAAAGAAAGCAUGACGUUAAUAUUCGAAAAUGAUGAAUUAAAUAAUCAUGAAUGUAUGGCUUCUAUUUGUGGAGUUUUAAGUCAUAUAAUAUCAGAAGAAAUAUCUGUACCAACUACUGAUGGUGAUAUUAUAUUGCCUAAAUGGGCAAAAUGUUUUCUUAAUUCUAUUACAACAACAAAUUAUGAUAAUGUUAGACUAUUUAUGUUAAAAAUUAUUUUAAAUAUGUCCACUGUAUUUCAACCUUAUACAAAAUUUUUUCUUCAACCAAUAAUGUAUGUAACAUACUUAUAUUUGAAAAAAAAUCAAUUAAAUUAUAUUAUUGUUGAUGUUAUAGAAAUGUUAAUAGAUUGGCAAAUUUCUUUUUUUCAAAAAUCGGGAGAUUUCACAUUUGAUCAAAAUAAGAAUACAAUUCAACAGCUAUGGGAAAUAAUCAUUCAAAAAGUAAUAAUAAUAAAGACUAAAGAAAUUUCCAAAGCAAUUUAUAAAUAUAACAUGAACAUGUUAAAAACAAUACUUGAAGUUUGGCAUCCUUAUUUAAAACUACCUGCAAAUUUAGAUGAUAAGAUGAAAACUGCACCCAAAGCUACUGUAUAUUUAAUAUUAAUUUGUUUUGUCAAUGGCAUGGAUAAAGAUAUUAUUCAUAGAAAUAAUAUUUUAGAAUUUUUAGAAAAGUCUCUAGAAAAUUGGAAAGAUGAUGAAGACACAAUUUUGCAAUGCUGUGAAUGUUACGGAUUAAUUUUAAAAUUCUUAGAUGAUAACGCUACGUUAGUAAAUAGAAAAGGUAUUAUAAUUGAAAAAAUUCGAAAUAUAUUAAGACAGAUGCAAAUGAAAUUUGAAAACAGACAAAUGAAAUGCAUUCGUGCCUUAUGUAAAAAUUAUCCAGCUGCUGCAAUGAUUUAUUUCGAAUUUGUUACAACAAAUAUAUUUAAAGUAGAUGUUCAAGGCAAGUCAAAUUGUUUAGAAAUAUUUCUAUUGUGCAUACCAAAUCUCAAUUCAGAUCAGUUAUUGAAAGAACUAUCUUAUAUAAAAUUUCAUGAUUUACUAAGAAAUAAAAUUUUACCCUGUGAAAAAAUAGCAUUAAAAAUAAUUGAUUCUCUAGUUCUUGUUCUACCACCUUCAAAUGUUUUAUCAUUUAUAACUUUAGUACGACCUUAUACGAAACAUGAAUUUUCUGAAUAUAGAGAAAUUGUUUACAGUAUAUUUAUUAAUAUUUUUAAGAAAUAUGUAGCAAAUAUUUCUGAAAAUAAUGAAAUUAAGGAAUUGAUACAUAUUAGUAAGGAAAUAUUACUUAAUGGUAUAUUGGAUCCUACUGAAACAUUGCAAGAAAUGAUACUAAAUUUUUGGACACAAGAUGCACAUUUAACAAAUACUUGCAAAGAACGAUUGAUUGAAAUUUUAGAUGUUUAUACUCCCAGUGCUGGUCAAAAUUUCUUGCCAUUCACAUUUUUAUUAAUUUCAGACCUUAUUAAGAAAUCUGGGGAUUAUACACGAACAAUGUUUGAACCUUUAUAUAAUUGCAGUUAUAGAGAUUACAAAAUAGCUCUUUCAUGGAGAACAAAGAAUUUGGGAUCAAAAGCUCCACUUUUUGUUCCAUCUUUAACUAGUCAAAUGAAUCAAACGUUUAGUCAAAUAAAUACUACAUUGCUAUCUUCUGAUAUUCCAUACACAAAAUCAAUAUACGAAUCUAAUGUUGAAUUAGAACUUCAAAUAACUCAAGAACUUGAAUUCGAACCGACUUAUGCCAAUGAAACAUUUAUUGAAAAAUUCAAUAAUUCGGAACAAGAUGAUAUAUUCAAAAUAUCGAAAGUGCCGCAACCUGCUUACAAUAAGAAAUCAAAACGAUUUUUAUGCAGUGUAAAUGAUGUUUCCGCAGCUAUGCGAGAAAAAGAAAUUAAGAAAAAUAUACAACAUAUGGAAAUGAUAAAAGAAGAAAUCACUCGACAAAGAAGUAGUGUAAAAUUAUAUAGAAAAUACAGAAUCGGUGAUUUUCCAGAUAUUGAAAUAUCGCAUGCUACAUUAAUUGAACCAUUGCAACAGUUAGCAAAAAAUGAUCAACUGAUUUGUAAAGAUUUAACAGUUUCUAUUAUUUAUUCAUUAAUUGAAAUGUGCAAACAAACGAACAAACACAACGGCUUUACGAAAAAGUUUGUGGAUAGCAUAAAAUAUAUUAUAGAAAAUGAACGAGAUAGCAAUUCUACUAUAACGGCAAUUUUAGAAAUUUUAUGGACUACUUCUAUAACAGAUUGUUCACCAGAAAUUAUCGCAAGAGUCUCGAGAUCUAAUAGUUUGAAUUUUCUUGGAUCACUUGUUUUAGAGGAAAAUUUAAUUCAUAAUAUAAAUAUAUUUGAACCGCCUAAGAAAAAAAUACAAAGCGAAAUUAUGAAUGAUUCAUCAUCUGAAUGGUUGCAAUUAACAAAUCUUUAUAAAUCUAUGAAUGAUGUUGAUGUAGUUCUUUGUAUUUUUCAAAAUCAUAUCACGAAUGAAGAUAUACAAAUUGCAUCAUUUGCACAAGCAUCCAACAAUUGGGAAAAAGCAAAAGUAGCCUAUAAUAAAGCGUAUGAAACUGAAUCGGAAUUAACGAAAGAGUAUUGCCUUCAAGGCUUGUUCGAAUGUUUAAGUAAUUUAUGCUGUUGGGAUGAGAUUAACGAACACAUAAAAAAUGAAUUUCACAGAAAUUUGGACAAUAUUUGGAAUGAUCCACGAAAAGAUUGGAUGUUUCCUUGGAUAUUUACAGUAAAUAUCCGUAAAUUAUUAAACGAAGAUACUAGUGAUGAGUUUAGUAAUGAUGUGAAACUCAUGGAAUCAUGGUUGAAUGAUGAAGAAAAAAUAAAGUACAUUAAACGAUUCUUUGGGGAAGAAUUGGCAAUGUUUUUUUUGCAUAAUCAAAUAGGAGUUGCUCGUGAAUUUUUGUUAAAUUCUUUAGAUGAAAUGAGAGAACAGUGGAUCAAGCUUCAUCCUCUUUCUACUCAAUUAAGAAUUUCUAAACUACAAAAGUUAAGAAUCACUAACGAUAUUGAUAUAUUUAUAAAGAUUUUGAGAACAGCAAAAUCCUGGAAUGAUUUAGAUGAAGUAUUCAAGUUUUGGAACAAGAGUAUUCCUUUACCACAGGAUGUUAUACUUUUAUGGGAUAAAUUAACAUCCUAUAGAAUAUAUUUCAUUGAUUCAUUACUUAGUAAUAAAUUGGAAGAAUGGAAUCACCUUAAUACUGAAAAUAGUCUUGAUGAAGAAGAAGUUGCAAUUAUGCAUAGAUUGCAUACUAUUAAUUUUAAUAUGAGAUUAAAAAUGGUUGAAGCAUCAAUGAAUCAAGGGAAUAAAUACAUAGCAAAAAAAUAUUUACGACAAUUAGAACAAAAUAUGGAAAAUUAUUCAUCAGAUUUGAAAUAUGAAUUUUUGUUAUAUUAUGGGAAAUUUAUAUAUCUGACAGGAGAAAUUGAAACAGAUAUGAAGAAAAAGCUAUUAAAAUAUAUAUCUUCUUGGACACAUUGUCAUACUAUUUUAAAAAAAAACGAUCUUCAAGAUACUAUGAAUAUUAAUAUUCGAAAGCAAAUCAGUGAGAUAGCAUUGAAAAUUGUACAAAUGAGCGAAAAAAAUGAAAUAUUUGCAGAACUAUUAAUAGAAAAGACUGCUGCUUUUAAAGUAAACAUAAAAAAUAAUGAUUUAUCUAGUAUUAAGAAUGCAUUGGAAACAUAUACUUUUAAUCAUUUAAGAAUGUGUUGUGAUAUGACAGUUAUGAAUAUUAAAGAAUGUUAUUUCAGUCUUGCAAAAUACUGCUACGAUAGAUUAUCGCGUGGUUCAAAUGAUAUUCAACUGAGCAAAGAAUUUAUAUAUUCUAUAUUAAAAGCAAUGAGUUACGGAUCUCUUGAAGCAGCUCAUUAUUUUCCUUGUUUGCUAAAACCUGAAUAUUUCUAUGAUCAAGAAACAAAAGAUAUUUUCAUUAAAGAGAGCGAAGGAAUUCAAACAUGGUUAUUUCUCUCUUGGCAAGCUCAAUUAUUUUCUCAUUUAGGAACAUCCAUUGCUCCAUUAAUUAUACCUAUUCUCAAACGGAUUGUUGAAAUGUAUCCUAACGCGAUUAUUUACACAUUUCGUUUAACAGUCGAAACAAAUCCUGUUCUUUUAAACGAAACUAAUACUUACGAAAUUCGUAAAAUUCUUUAUAAUAAGUCAGAAAUUAAUCAAUUUUUGCUAGCAAUGCAAUAUGUAGUCCAACCAGAAUUAUACUUGCAAUAUUAUUUACUUGAAUUUCGGAAAAAUUUAUCUCUUGGUACAUCUACAGCUAUAGAUAUACUUCUCAAGAAAGUAUAUCCGGAUAUAGAGGAAAAAAAUGAUCCAAAACCAGGAAAUAUUUUUAAUGAAAUUAUAGCAUAUAAAGAAAAGAUAAAAGAAUUAACAAACAAAAAAACUGACGAAAUAAGAUUGCUAGUAAAUAAAAUGAUUGAAAGUAUUAAAGUAUCACUUUACAAACGUAAAGAUAAGCUUAAAUUGCAAGAUUAUAGUCCAUGGUUUUGUAAUUUUUUUGAAAAAAACAUAGAGAUACCUGGUCAAUAUACUGGCAAAAGAAAACCUAUGCCUCAAUAUCAUGCAAAAAUUAUAAAGUUUGAAUCUACUGUAAAAGUAAUGCAAUCAUUACGCAAACCUAUUCGAAUUACUAUGAUUGGUAAUGAUGCGAAGGAUUAUCAUUUUCUAGUAAAAUUUGGAGAAGAUUUACGACAAGAUCAAAGAUUACAACAGUUAUUUACUAUUAUGAACAAAACUUUGUUUAUUAAUGCAGCUUGUAAACAAAGACAAUUACUUAUUGAUACUUAUCAGGUGAUUCCAUUGUCUAAAACAGUGGGUCUUAUACAAUGGAUAGAUAAUACAAAAUCUUUACAAGAGUUAAUAUAUUUCACACUAUCAGAACAAGAAAUAAAACACUAUGAUUCUAUAUUUAAAAUGUAUCAAAAAUGGAUAGAAAAUGCUGCACCUUCUAAAAAAUUAGUACAUGAAAAGUAUAAAGAAGCAGUAGUAAAAUAUAAUGCUUCAGAAGUAUAUAUUAAAAUGAACGAAUUUAUUAAGAAAACUAAAUGGGAUAGUUUACGCAAGACAUUAAUAAUAUUAUGUCCAUCUAUAGAAAGUUUCAUUAUAAUGCGCCGAAAUUUUAUCACUUCAUAUGCUACUAUGUGUAUUGCGCAUUGGAUUUUAGGCAUUGGGGAUCGACAUUUGCAAAAUAUUCUUAUCGUUAUCGAUUCAGGACGUUGUUUAGGUAUUGAUUUUGGGCUAGCCUUUGAUGCUGGUGUUGAUCAAAAAAUACCAGAAUUAAUGCCUUUUCGUUUAACACCUCAAAUUUUGGGUUUAUUAAAACCUUUCACUGAAAAAGAUCUUUUGAGAACAAUAAUGAUUCAUGUAUUACGAGCAAUGAGAAAUGAACAAGGACCUAUUCUUUCUUGCAUGGAUGUUUUUGUUCAUGAACCUUUAAACUGGACAGAAAAUGUUAAUAAAACAUUAAGAGAAAGUGAAGAAGAUAUUAUAAAUAUCAAAUGGAUACCAAUGAAAAAAAUUAAAGCAGUUACAAAAAAAUUAAAUGGAAUUAAACCAUCUUUAAUUAUGUUAGAUCAAUUAAAAGAACAACAUUAUGAUAAAUAUUUCGAUAGGUAUUUUACUAUAAUUACUGGAGAUGAUGAUAUAAAACGUAUACGAGCAAAAAUGAAUGACUCUUUAAUUCCUGAAGAACAGGUUGAAUGCUUAUUGGAUCAAGCAACAGAUUUAAAUAUUUUGGGUCGCACGUUUGUGGGAUGGAAACCUUGGCUUUAACGUGUUUUAUAUAAUUUAUAAUAAACUUUAAUUAUUUUUAUAUAUUUAUAAAUUUCUUUAAUAAUUUAAUUAAACAAAUAAA